AUGGGCAAUGGGACCAUCAUUCUGGUCUCACGCCUGGACCCCCAACUCCACAUCCCCAUGUAUUUCUUCCUCACUCAUCUCUCUUUUAUUGACCUCAUUCAUGUGACCUGCGUCAGCCCUCAGAUGUUGGUCAGUCUCUCAGGGCCAGACAAAUCCAUACGUUUUGUUGGAUGUGUGGUCCAGCUUCUCCUCACCCUGGGUCUGGGGGGCACUGAGUGUGUCCUUCUGGCCAUGAUGGCCUAUGAUCGCUAUGUUGCUGUCUGCCAGCCCUUGCAUUAUGUCACCCUCAUGCCUCCACAGCUGUGCUGGGCACUGGCCGGCAUAUCCUGGUUUCUUGGUUUCAGCAACUCAUUGAUCCACACCCCUAUCACCAUGACCCUUCCCCGAUGUGGGCACCACCGGAUAAACCAUUUCUCUUGUGAGACACCCCCAGUGAUGGAGCUGGCCUGUGUGGACACCACAAAUUACAAGGAGAUUAUGAUCCUAAGUAGCAUCUUCCUUGUCUUUCCUCUCUCACUGACCUUGGUUCUUAUGGACUUAUUGCCCAUAAAGACAUCUGGUGGGAGACAGAAGGCCCUUGGGACCUGUGGCUCCCAUCUCAUGGUGGUGUCUAUUUUCUACAGUACUCUCAUCUAUGUGUACAUGACUCCCAAGUCAAAGCUCUCUCAUGAUGUGACCAAGUUUGUGGCACUGCUAUAG